GACCAUCGGGAAGUCGAGUCCGGAGAGAUCGGUCCGAUCGAAUGCUUGUGGACUGUAUUUAGAAGAUCAUCAUGGCUGACGUCGUACGUUUUUAUUUACGUUUCGACAACGAUUCGGGUGACUCAGCGUUAUCACAGAAGAGAAAAAGAAUAACGUUGAUCGGUCGGUCACACAUUAUCACAUCGCGGAUGAACGCCCUCUUAUCAUACCCAAGACUCGCGGAAUGAUAACGUUUUUUUUUUUUUUGUUAAUUUCUCUCUCAUGUUCGACAGCAAAAUUAUUACUAUUAUUAUUUGUUUAUUUUUUUUCCCAGCGCGUUGUACGUGUUAACGCGAAAGCCCAACGGUCGCAACAACACCCGUGUAAACGAUAAACAGUAUAAACAGGAGAUUACCAUGUUUAACUCGCCGCCGCCGUUACUGUAGUGUGAUUGUGGUUGCGAUGCGCUUUCGGUCGUACGCCGCCGCAACGCAAUCGUCGUCGUCGUUGUCGCCGCCGCCGUCAUCGUCGUAACAAUACACCGUAAUAGACAAACACAUUACGUCCGCGUCGUGCCCCGCAGAACAUGGCCACCUGACGCUCUGUCAACACACAGUGGUAAUCGCGCUCGCCCAUCCUCCACCCGUUCGCCCGCCGCCCGAUUCCUCGGCCAUACAUAAUACUUGAAUGGUGGACGCAUAGGCAAUCCGACAAACUGGACAAGUUACCCGAGUAUCUCCGCGACACCGUGGACUGGUUCAUGGGGAAAGGCCGCAAAACUAAAGACAAGGAAUCAUUAUGUAGUGAUGAUAACAAAUUGUAUUUAGAAGAAGCUGUGUUGGAAAAAAAGUUACCAGAUAUUGAUCUUAGGAUAUUAGUUGAAAUACCGAAUGGAAUAGAUUUUAAUGAGUGGCUUGCUUCACAUACAAUUUCAAUAUUUGACAAUACCAACCUAAUAUAUGGCACUAUAUCAGAAUUCUGUACUAUUUCGGGAUGCCCUGAUAUGGUUGGACCAAAUUACAGAUCAUAUUUGUGGUUUGACGAAAAAGGAAAAAAAUCUCGAGUAGCUGCUCCUUUAUACAUUGACUAUGUCAUGACAUAUGUUCAAAAAACUAUUAAUGACGAGACUAUUUUUCCAACUAAAUAUGCUAAUGAAUUCCCUGUCGGAUUUGAGGUUGUUGUAAGAAAGAUCUUAAGGUUGUUAUUUCAUGUUAUAGCUCAUCUUUAUCAUAGUCACUUUCGCGAAUUAGUACUUCUAAAUUUGCACUCACACUUAAAUUGUGUGUUUGCUCACUUGUCAGUAUUUAAUCAUCGUUACCAAUUAAUUGAACUACGUGAAACUGAAAUUCUACAAGAUCUUGUGGUAGCAUUAAAAAUUUUAGGAAAUGAUGGAGAGACAACUGCUGACGAUGAAUCUUCUGAUGAAUAUAAAGGAGUCAUCAACAAAGAACCUACUAUGUCUUAUGCUGAUCCACCUAUUAAUAUGUUCCCAAAUCCUUCUCCUACUAAUACACAAACCUUAGCUACUCAUAUUGAUAAUUUCUAGUCUAUUAAAUACAAUGUCAUAUCACAUUAAAUAUGUUUGUAUAGUGAGGUUAGAAUAAUAUAUAUGUAUCAUUUAUAUUUACAUAAAGUUUCUAGUUAGAAUAUACAGCUUGGCAAACAAUACACUAUUGUAAAAGAUUUGUAGUAAAUAAACUCCUAGCUAAAUUUAAAAACAAAUAUUUACUAAAAAAAAA